UAACAUGCGUACGCACGUCUUCACUUUCGCUUCCGCUUCCGUUCAAGAUGGGUGCCUCCGGUAGCAGCACAAGAAAAAUAGUUGUUGAAGAUCAGGAUGGUGUAGGGGUUGUGAAGAUAUCUGAAUCAGUUGUACGAAGAAUAAAGGGUCACUCUGACAGAGAGGAAAGUUCUACUGAUUCUAAACCUACACAACAAACACAUGAAUCCAGACCAUCAAGACCCACUAUAAUUGAAAGACCAGUGUACUACCCUGCUCCAACAGUUAAAGAUAAUAGUCGAGCAACUCAAGAAAUAGAAGCUUUUUAUCAAGAAAAACUAAAACAACUAGAAGAACGGAAUGCACAACUUCAAAAGAUAACUACAGAACAAUUUGCCAAAGCCGUUAAAGAAGUAGAACAGAAAUUUAUAAAACAAACAGGAACACCAGUAUGUGAAAGUGUACAAGACAAAGUUUAUAACUGUUAUCAUUCUAACCCAAAAGAAUCAUUAAAUUGUUGGCAAGAAGUUGGAGCUUUUACAACAUGUGUAGAGAGAGCACGACAGAAUGCUCUAGCAAGACGAGGUUAAUAGAGGAUAGACAUAUAUUUUAUAUAGUGAUAGUGUGACUGUUAAUCUAGUGUGGGUUAUAAUAAACUAUAAAUAGACACUGGAUGGAUAUUUAUAACUUACGACAUCAUAUACUACAAAAAAUAAAUUAUACAAUGGUACUGUUUCUUAUCUA